CUUGGUAACAUUGCAUCAGAAUCACCAUAUCCGGGAAUCGUCAUAACUUUGCUUGUGCUUCAUUUUCGCCGGUCCUGUUAAAACUCAUUAUGACUGAACAAAAUCUUGCGGACAAAAUGAGCGGUUUACAAGUGGACGAAAGGGAAAAGGAGGAAGCCGAAUGUAGGAAAGCUGGAGGAAAGAAGAAGCUGAAAAGUGCUGCAGGAGACUCUGCAGGCAGAGCUGAGCUGUCACCACCACCUUCCUACCUUGAGGAGCGCCUUGUUUUGUACACAAAGCUGAAAGCCGAGCAUGAAACCCUCAUGGCUGAGAGAGCUGCAAGCGAGAGUCGAGCCAUUAAGGUGACCCUUCCUGAUGGGCAGGUGGUGGCGGCUGAGUCCUGGAAGACCACACCCUACCAGGUGGCCUGUGGCAUCAGUCAAGGUCUUGCUGACAACACAGUAGUUGCGAAAGUGAACGACUGUGUUUGGGACCUGGAUAGACCUCUGGAGGAAGAUUGUAGUCUUAAGUUGCUGAAGUUUGAUGAUGAGGAAGCCCAAGCUGUGUACUGGCACUCCAGUGCCCAUAUAUUGGGUGAAGCCAUGGAGAGGGUGUAUGGAGGCUGCCUUUGUUAUGGUCCCCCCAUUGAAAACGGCUUCUAUUACGACAUGUUCCUCCAGAACAAUGAAGGUGCAUCAAGCAAUGAUUUCCCCUGUCUGGAGAACUUGUGCAAGAAGAUCAUGAAGGAGAAGCAGCCAUUUGAAAGACUGGAGAUAAAGAAGGAAACUCUGUUGGAAAUGUUCAAGUACAACAAGUUUAAGUGCCGCAUUCUGAAUGAGAAAGUUACUACUCCAACCACAACAGUGUACAGGUGCGGCCCUCUAAUAGAUUUGUGCCGGGGCCCACAUGUAAGACAUACUGGGAAAAUCAAGGCACUUAAGAUCCACAAGAACUCUUCUACAUACUGGGAAGGAAAGGCAGAUAUGGAGACUCUCCAGAGGAUAUAUGGAAUCUCCUUUCCUGACCCCAAAAUGCUAAAAGAGUGGGAGAAGUUCCAGGAAGAAGCCAAGAACAGAGAUCAUCGAAAACUGGGACGGGAACAGGAUCUGUUCUUCUUCCAUGACCUGAGUCCAGGAAGCUGCUUUUUCCUACCUAAAGGGGCCUUCAUUUACAACACUCUGAUUAAAUUCAUCCGAAGUGAGUACAGGAAGAGGGGCUUUCAGGAGGUGGUCACACCCAACAUGUAUAAUAGUAAGCUGUGGCAGACCUCCGGCCACUGGCAGCACUACAGCGACAACAUGUUCUCCUUUGAGGUUGAGAAGGAGACAUUUGCCCUCAAACCCAUGAACUGCCCCGGUCACUGCUUGAUGUUUGAUCAUCGGCCACGAUCCUGGAGAGAGCUGCCUCUUCGCAUGGCUGACUUUGGGGUCCUACACAGAAAUGAACUGUCCGGAGCCCUGACUGGCCUCACACGUGUGCGCCGCUUCCAGCAAGACGACGCUCAUAUCUUCUGCUCCAUGGACCAGAUUGAGGAGGAGAUAAAGGGCUGCCUGGACUUCUUACGGACUGUGUACAAUGUGUUUGGCUUCACUUUUAAACUCAACCUGUCAACUCGACCAGAGAAGUUCCUGGGAGAUCCGGAAUUCUGGGACCAAGCAGAAAAGCAAUUGGAGAACAGCUUGAAUGAAUUUGGGGAGAAAUGGGUUCUGAACCCAGGCGAUGGAGCUUUCUAUGGACCAAAGAUCGACAUUCAGAUUAAGGAUGCUAUCGGACGAUACCAUCAAUGUGCCACAAUUCAGCUCGAUUUCCAGCUGCCAAUCCGCUUCAACCUCACCUUUGUCAGCCACGAUGGGGAUGACAGGAAGAGGCCAGUGAUCAUCCACAGAGCUAUCCUGGGAUCAGUUGAGAGGAUGAUCGCUAUCCUGACUGAAAACUAUGGCGGAAAAUGGCCUCUAUGGCUGUCUCCUCGUCAGGUGAUGGUUGUACCUGUAGGACCAACUUGUGAGGAGUAUGCCCAGAAGGUUCAGCAGGAAUUCCACAGCAGUGACUUCAUGACUGACGUAGAUCUGGACCCUGGCUGCACUCUGAACAAGAAGAUCAGAAAUGCACAGCUAGCUCAGUACAACUUCAUACUGGUGGUGGGAGAGAAGGAAAAGGCAAGCAACACCGUUAACGUGCGCACUCGGGAUAACAAAGUCCAUGGCGAGUGUAGCGUGGAGGAGUGCGUGGAGCGUCUGAAACAGCUCAAGGCCUCCAGGAGCUGGAACGCUGAAGAGGAAUUUUGAGCCUCCAGGAGUUUUCAUUGUUCCAUCUCUGACAGUAACUCAGUUUUUCUGUAGAAGGUUGUUGGGCAGAAGUGGGUUUGUAAUGAGGGAUAAAAUCACUCUUCUCAUUGUUUGUUUCUGAUUUUUCCGUCUUAAUUUGUCUUCGUCUCCAUCUUCACUGCAUUUGGUAAUUUAAACAUUAUUCUUGAGAACUG